GACAGCAGCGUGUGUGCGCGCGAGAGUGUGUGCGUGUGUGUGACGGGGACAGAGUUGCGGCAGGGCAGAUCAGAAAGUGCCUGUAGCUAUUCUUUGGCCGGCUCGCGCAGUCCUCUUCGGACCGCCAGAGUCGCACGAGACUGGCGACACGCUCCGAAGCCAGUCGGCUGGCCGCGUGUGACCCGAGAAUCCCUCACUGAUGACCAGACUCGGGCUGCUCUGGCACGAAAGGUGGAACUAAACUACAUGAAUUGAUUUGAGAGCGAUGAACUGGCAGCAUGGCCAAGUGGUUCAAGGAGCACCUAGGAUUCAAAACUACCAAAACACCACCACCGGCUCCUCCGAAACCGGACUACAGACACUGUCACACCGGUGUGCCCGGUGCGCCUGGCUUCCAACAAACAAGCUCCGGGACCACCUUUCCGAGUCCCGCUCAGCCGGACAUCCUCGCUGCCUACAAACUACAAAAGGACCUGGAUUUCGAGGAUCCGUACACUCCAGGUGGAAAUAUCUCAUUCCCCCCCAGCUUGAACACUGUGGGGUCACCGGAUAUCAAGUAUGUGUCACCAAAGCACCGACUUAUCAAGGUGGAAACAAUCGAAAAGAGCAGCCCAGCUCCCGGCGGGGGUGUCACGGUCACCCAGGCUGUCCCCGUAGGGAGCGUUAAAUCUCCUACUUCACCUCCCUCGGACCUCGACAACAAGGAGAAGCUCAUUAUUCUUGAAGACUACGCGGACCCUUUUGAUGCUGAGCAGGCUGGCGGCACUCAGACCACCACAGAAAAAGUGACAACUGAGAAUGAUGGUUACAUGGAGCCAUACGAAGCCCAGAAGAUGAUGGCAGAGAUCAGGUCUGGCGGGAGAGGUCCUAAGGACGGACCCGUGAGGCAGCUGCCCUUGUACGACACACCAUACGAGCCAGCUGAGAACGGUGGCGACUCAGACCCUGACCGAUUGCGCUGCCCCAGAGAAAGCAGACUACCCCAGGAUGAUGAGCGACCCCCUGAGGAGUACGACCAGCCCUGGGAGUGGAAGAAGGAGAGGAUUUCCAAAGCCUUUGCAGUAGAGAUUAAAGUGAUCAAGGACCUACCAUGGCCCCCUCCUGUCGGCCAGCUCAACACCAGCCCUCCCCCAGUGGAGGAGCUUGAGUCUCCUUCCCAGACAGCUCAGCCCUCGCCAGGACAGACGAGCUGUGACCAGCACCACCAUGUCCAGUUUGAUGGUGUGGAGAAGUCUCGAAUGUCGCCCACCAAGGAGGGGAAAACUCGGCCGCUGCAGCGACAUUCCAGUGGCUGUCUGGUCAACACCAAAAUGACUUCACUGGACCACUGCAGCUCCUCUCUCGGGGAACGUAUCGAUCCCACCAUGCCGCUGGAAAGCCAGUUCUGGUACCAUGGAGCCAUCAGCCGAACAGAUGCAGAGUCUCUGCUUAGGCUCUGUAAAGAGGCCAGCUAUCUUGUGAGAAACAGCGAGACCAGCAAGAACGACUACUCCCUCUCCCUCAAGAGUAGCCAGGGCUUCAUGCACAUGAAGCUGUCACGGACCAAGGAGAACAAGUACAUCCUGGGCCAGAACAGCUGCCCUUUCGACAGCGUGCCUGAGAUCAUCCAUUUCUACUCCAGCCGCAAGCUGCCCAUCAAGGGUGCUGAACAUAUGUCCCUGCUCUACCCUGUAGCCAUCAGGACACUAUAGUGCUCCAGGUCUCUUGCAGGCAUCUGCUUUGCAGUACUUUGGGCCAACCUGUGGCUCGCUGUUUCCUGUCCCUCUGGAAAGAGCCCACUAGGCUCACGGGAAGAUGAACAGUGGCAUCCUAAACUGCUGAUCUUGACUCACCUCACUGGCCAACAGAUUCCAGACCUGUUUGAAGGCCCUCUGCUUACUAUCUCAUACAUACAGACUCAGAUUUGCAGAAGUUUUUUUAUUAUUUUAUUUUAUUUUAUGUUAUUUUAUUUUAUUUUAUUUAUGAUAGACAUCUGCUUAAUAGAUCAGACUGACUAUCUACAGAACAUCAUUUCACUGACUGUUGAGCUGAUUACCCAUAGCACUUAAGACGUAAAGAAAAAGAAAGGUACAACUUAACGUUUGUCACUGGGAUUUACCUUUUAGCAUAAACUGUUGUACCCUGUGUCCUGUGAGUACACAAAAUGACGAUUAUAUAUGAAAUGUUUGAGUAUCUCACUCGGUUAGGCUCUGUUGCUACUGUAAUCAUAUUCCAAAGGGGAUUUGAAGAUUAUAAGACCUCUGUAAGGGAAGCAACAUUUAUGAUGCAUGUCGAGCGAUAUUGUUCACGUGUGCCUCAUACAGUGGCCGGGAUAUUAAAUAAACUGGCUGUGUAUGAAUGGAGCGUCCCCAGCUGCGUGGAAACAACAAGCCUGUGAGCUGUGCAGACUGAUCUCUCUAUCUUGUCAUAGUGCAUGUUGUCUGCUAUCCAUCAUUGAGUGGGUGUAUCACACCAGUGACAGUGUAAGUACCGUGGUGUUGAGACAGGCAGGAGAGCAUGAUGGAUGGGUCAACCCAUCUGACACAGUACAUUUGGCUGAGGCUAAAGACCAGAGCCUGUCCAAAUGGACCAAAUUAUCCCCACUACCCCUGCUUAGAAUGGCUUUGCAUCGGGAGAAUGAAAUAUGCUUGUAUUGUCUACCUCAGAAAAUCAAUUUCAUUCGCCCAUGUGCAGAUCAAUAGGUACAAUGGGAUUGCAGACAUCGAUCUGCUCUCUCUUCGACAUUCCCAAUUCCCUUAAAGAAUGCAUCAUUAGUUUUAGGAAUAUGCUUUUUUUUAUACAAUUAAUCUGAGAUUUGUUUUAUGAAAACACAAGCAGUUUUUUGUUUUUGUUUUUUCAGAUCAGCAACUGUAUGUAUAGUCACUAUUAUAAUACUGUGCAACGUCAGUAAGAAAUGUUUGGUUAAUGCCUUAUAAAAUGCAUGGGUCAAAUCAGUCCGCUAGAUCAGUUGAUUUCUAAUUCUGCUUUUAACAAUUGUUCUGUGACUGUAAUUUAUUCUGGGGUGAUUAUUACUGAUGUGUUACUCCUUUGUGAUU